GAGAAAUUCCGAGAAGUCCUAAAUUUUAGAAAAAAUCAAAAUACUUUUAAACUGCCGAAAAUAUGACAGAUACAAGCUAAUUGGAUAUGACGUUUAUCCUCUACAUGUAGACUGGUAGUUGUUCUGCGAUGUUGGUGAGCAGAUAUCGUCCAAUUCUGUACUUGCAGUACUUGUUACUAUUCCUGGAUCUCUUCCUCAACAGCUUUUCCAACCUCAUGCGCUUUGAGAAUGUCGUCCUGCUAGUUUUAUAUGUAAUCCAGGAUGUCUGCAUCAUAUUUGCAGUUAUCGUUGUGUUCCUCGUCUUCUUCAACACUUACAUCUUCCAAGCUGGUCUUGUCAGCAUCCUCAUCAACAAGUUCAAGUGGACGAUCAUCGUUACAUUCAUUUACUUUGUAUUAUGUGUGGGGCUUCAUGUUUGGGAAAUGACUAUGCGAUGGGCAGUGGAUGACCCAACUGCUUAUAUAUGGAAUGACGGAUUCCGGGCGAUUUUUGCACUUCAAAAAAUAGUCUCAGUAUUGUAUUACUACUUUUACAAACGAACAGCUUUGAGACUUGGUGACCCACGAUUUUAUGAGGAAAGUGAAUGGGUUCGACAGGAAUUUGAAAAAAGGAGAUAGUAACCCGUACUAAUAAUGUCGGGUAGGCAGUGGGUGAGAAUACAUCAUCCUAGCAGCAACAAUGCUUGACAUCCGUCCAAUAUCUGAAGCAUGCUCUUCUGAAAUCAUCUUGGCAAGUGUUAACAGGAUAUAUGACUUGGAGAAUGAGAAAGACAAAUAACUAGCAAUCACUUACUGGUAACUGGAGCAUCAAUUUUGGUUUAUGUCUCACAGUCUUAUGAUUGACACAAGAUUAUGAAUUGGACUAG